AUGUCCGUUGCCCUGAUUGGAUUAACAUCCGGUGCCUGCUUUAUUGAUCCCAUCCGUGUUGGCAACGAUAAUGGGGAUGAAGCAAUAUUCAUAUAUCAGUGGCUCUACGGCAUGGAUGUUCAUGGCAAUUGGGACAUUGCUGGGUACCCCUUUCUUUCGAAGAUCGGCAGAGAUCUCAUGGAUACUAUAUGUGCCAUCCAAUUUGCAGGUGCAACGUCCCUUGCAGCUGCUGCAUGUAUGUUCGCCAUUCGUUUCUUGCUGGAUAAAAGGCUUCUCAGCAAGCUUUAA